UAAGCUGGCUACAGAUCCAGUCACAAUAUCUUUGAGCAACUUCUAAGAGUGAAAUUUCAAUAUUAAAGCUCCUGCUUCCAUACAGCUAUGAUUUCGAUUGGAGGCCUCACAGGAUUUUGGAUAAUUGCACUGCUGACUCUUCAUGGUGCAGAUGUGGGAGAGACCAAAAGAAACUUUCUCAAUGAGCCUGACGUGCCAUUCCCACCUGCCUGUCCCACCGCUCAGAACCUCGCUGCUAUCUGCUACCAUGGUCAGGGUCGUCCCAGGUAUCUGUCCAGCUUCUUCCCAAACUCAUGGUUCAGUCACUUCCGCCGCCGUGGAACCGCCAUCAACCGUCUGGAGUCGUGGUACGGUUUGUGCUGCAGUGGACAGGUAGCACAGGAGAGCAACCAGAUCCUCUGCUGUGCCCAACAAGCUUGGAAACAAGCCCUGUCCCAGUUCUGUAUGGAAGAGUAUGCCACCAAGACAAACGCAUUUGUGUGCUGUGCAGACAGAGGAUACGCCCGGUGGGUGUGCUUCGACAGCGAGCUACCAAACCCAAACUAUGACCCAACACCAGACUACAUAGCACCCCCAGUCCCAGAGGAGCCAGGAUUCACCUUCAACGCAAAUGCUUGCUAAAAGUGGAAAAAUAACUAAAUAUAUAUACAGUAUAAAACAAAGAUGAACCCAAUAGUUUGGUUAAAGACAAGUAUCUAGGGAUAAAAUAGUGAUUGUUGUGUAACUUUGAGGAGUGAGAUUGGGUUAAUGUGCUAAAACCUGCAUCAAACAAAUUUACAAGUUACUUUAUUUUAUUUUAAUUCUUGGAUUGUUUAAGUAUGUAUCCUCCCUUUUUCUCUGAAUUCAAUUGAU